AUGGCGACAGAAGAAGUUACUGCAGUAUUAGUGGACACAGAAGAUGAUCAACAAAUAUCCUCGUUAAAAUCUUCGGAAGCCACGUCAGUAAUAAUAAUGGACCCUUGUAUCUAUAGAGUGCCACCGUUACUUCGCAAAAUGAAUGAAGAAGCCUGCACUCCUUCCCUGGUUUCCAUUGGUCCCUUUCACCAUCAAAACCAAACACUGAAGCCGAUGCAAGAUCUCAAGUUUUCUUACUACAACAAAUUCCUGGAGAGGACUCCUCCACAGAAUUCAUUAGAUGUUUAUGCUGAAGCCGUGACAGAAUGGGAAGAUAAGAUUCGACAUUGUUAUUACUGGUCAAUACCAAUGGCGAGUUUUGAAUUUGUUAGCAUGAUUCUAACUGAUGGUUGUUUCAUUAUUGAGUUGUUUGUUUCAGUCUUUCUAUCAGCUACAGGGGAAUCAAAUGAAGACACUAAUUUGCUGAUGGAACGAUGGCCAAGAUCUGACAUAAUGCGAGACUUGAUUUUACUUGAAAAUCAGAUACCAUUCUUUGUUCUUCAAGGCCUAUUCAACCUGGCUUUUCCCAGCCGCUUAAAUGGAAACUCAUUUCUUGAGCUUGCCUACAAAAAUUUCCAGUAUACUUUCCUGACAUGUAUAUAUCCUCCAAACAGCAAAAUGUUUGAGAAGUUCAGCCAUAACUAUUUUAAUGAUCAUCACUUGACACUACCUAAUGGUGAUAGGUUGCAAGUGGAACACCUCUGUGAUAUGUUAAGGGCCUUUUAA